CACUCGCUGCACACCUUUUCGGAGUCAUGCUGGACGUCGUGCUGCUCCGGGACUUUGAGGACGGUGUUCCCAAGGAUUUCCGGGUCGCUUUCUGCCACGCCUUACCGCAGGAUGCGCUGUGCGUACUGUGUGAAAACGUGUCGGCCCGUCUGUACAGGGAUCCCCUGGGACACGGUUACUGCCAUUCCUGUCGUGAAAUGUGUAAGCGUGAAGAUAUGUUCGACUGUGCUACUUGCGGUGAGAAGUGGCACAUUGCCCAGGUGAAGCGAGAACAAUCUGUACACGAAGCGAUAUGGAAUGCUCGAGUUAUCUGUCCCAAGAGCAGACCAGAUGAACCUGUGAAGAUCCCCUUUAUUGCUCUAAAGGCCCACCUCAAGAAUUGCUCUUGCAAUGUUGCCGAGCGAGCUCCAACGGCCAAAAUGUGGUCCUCUGACUCGCAUCUGUCAGGAAAGGAACAAAGCUCUGUUCGCUCUGGAGAGCCUCAAGGAGAAAGCAAGAGUUCCAAGGUGGCCGUGUGCAGCUACUGCAAAGAGGUGAUACCUAAAAAGUCGAUCCUUAAGCACGUGGAAGACUGUCGUCAAGAGCUCCAAAACAGCUUGCAGUACCAGGAAACACUCCCUGGGCCUAAACUUGGGGAGAAUCGCAAGACCACUGCAAGACGUGACAGCUUCGGUGACAGGUCGGCAGAUUUUCCGAAGGAGCGAGAGAUGACUUCAUGUGAAGCAGAGGAUGACACAACGGAUGCACCAACGAAGUUUACUGACAGGCACGCCGACUAUUUCAGUGGUGCGAAACGUGCAACCGGAAAACAAGCCUUGCCUACGGACUCCUCUGAACUUGCUCAGCAGCUGAAUGAUGCCCUCUCGAAGAUUUGCGACUUGGAAGAAGAAAUCGCAGAGCUCAAGCAGACAGCUGCUAAAACAAAGGACGACACUGAUUUGCUGAAUGCUGCAGUCCCGACCAUUCAAGGUGACAUGAGGAAUGUUCAAAUCCAGUGUGAACAACGCAUCUUGAAAUCAGAAAAAACUGUGUCCAGUCUCGAGGAAUCCCACACAUCCCUCCAGGAAACUAUGUCCGUCCUCAAUGAAGAGACCAAAGCUCAUCUGUACACGGUUGAGGAGAUGGUGAAAAACAUGACCGAAAAGCUUUCUCUUGAUGUGCAUAAUUUACAGCAGCAAAACAACUGGUUCCAUGAUGCCUUCAACAAGCUUUCCGCGGAAGUGGAGAAGAUGAAAAACAACCAACGUGAGUUUGUGCAGAACGUUUCUGCGGCUCAAGACGACACUAAGAAGGGCAAGAAAGGUCCAUUCCGUCAAUGAUAGUUUGACCUGGAGCGCCGCAAGUCGACACAACGCUUUCCUUGAAAUCUGUGCCUAGGAAAAACCUCUUUCAUGAUUUCGUUUCGAUCGCUGUGCAGUCACUGACGCUUUAAUCCUCCGUUUUGUGGGACACGAAAUAAAAGAAGCCUAUU